AUGAAUUUCGAAGGACUGCAAGGACUACUGAAGAAGAAGCAAAAGCAGCGGCAACAGCCCCACGGGACCUCAGAUGAACCGUCUGCAGCGGCGGGUGUAGGUGGUAACCCUCCGGCACACACGCCUGGUCUCGCUGAAAGCGUGGCAGCAGCCCCCAAGAGUGCCACGAGCGCUACCGGGAGACAUGCAGCUGCUAGCAGCAGCAUUGCUGGAACCGUCAGCGCCACCUCUGACCCGUAUGUGGUCGCUCUGCAGAGCGUGCGAACCUUGCAGCAGCAGCAGCAGCAGCAGCAAGGGGCACUCAGCAGGACCACGGCAGGCCCAAAGCGCAGCCGGGAGGAUAUGGAGCAGGAAUCGAAGCUGGUCGGGCUUGUGAACACCUCUACAGGUUCGUCCUGUGCUGACCCGAGUGACGAGCUCAAUGUGAGGUCGGGUGCGUCAGUCAGCGCCCCGCCUAGCGCUUCGCUAAGCACGUCGGCACAGCCGUUGAUGAAGAGCGGCGAGGAUGUUUUGGCUCAGCGCGAGAUGGGCGUCGCAGUAUUGCAGACAUGCCUCACUCAGCUGGAACACUACUGGGUCGCGGAGCAAGCAUCAAACAAGACUCUGGCUUCAACUGGUCAUUCCGUCACGACCACUGCUCUAGCGUCCGCCGUGUCGCAGCCGCAGCAUCAGUCGCCGUCCGCUGGUGCUCUCCUUGAGCCGAGUGUUUCUCUGACCGUGUCAUCGUCUCCCUUCCCUAUUCCACGCGCGCUGCGCGACUACAUCCUGGCUCAGUUCGUGACACCGAAUCCUACCGUCAGGCGUGCGACGGGGCUGCCGGAGAUGACGGUGCUGGAUCGCGAGUUUGAGCUUCUUGCCCAGAUCAAGGCGGAGGUGGAGGCAGGGCCGCGGAAAGACGUGGUGGACAGUAAAAACGAAGUCGAUGCUAAAGUGGGCGGGGUUCCAGAAGCGCAGCAGCAACUCGCGGAGCUCCUGCCCGCGCUGUGGUAUCUCGUCGCGCUGCUCUGGCAGCACAGCCUCGACCCGCACCAGCGUAACGGUCGGUGCUGCCUAGCGUCGACCGCCAUGCCCCGAGAAGGAUUGCUUGCACCGUCGCAGCAGGGCUGGUCACCGGCCGUCUACUUUGCCCUCCAAAACGCGCUCCCGGCCGAUGCGCAACUUCUGCAGGGUCGCGCCAUUGCCGAGGAAGUGGACAAGUGGCGAGCGCUGGCGCGUACCCGGCAGAACGCGCUGGAGCUACUUUCGUAUGUCUGCAGUGAUCACGAAACCUCCGCCGCGGCGUCGUCGCCAUCCACCGCGGCGGCGGACUUGAUUAUCCCGCCCGACCUUCGGAAAAACCUACACACCAUGGUGGUGCGCCACCUGCGGCAAGAGCGUAAUUUCAUGGCGGUGCGGCAGGACUACGUGGACAUCACCAUGGGCACGGCAAACUGGAAGCUGGGGCUCUUCUCUGGUGGAGAGGUGCACAUGCGCCGGUCGAUGGAGCGGGUGGAGCGCAACCGAAUCGCGCACCUGCUGAACAACGAGCACGCAACGCACCUCCUGCAGGCGGUGCGCGAGCUGAUCAUAUUUGUGGAGCACCACUCCCCCGCAAAGUGUUCUCCCUUCUUUUACCCAGCACACGUCACUUCCAUCAUGGCCGCGUAG